GACAGUUUCUCUUUCAUACUCCCCCAGUCGAUUGGCCUACUCCGUCUUGUCUCUUCAACCUUCUCCAUAGACGCCUGGGAAAAAUCUUCCUCUCCCUGUUCAGAUAGUGUAUGAAGCUUUGUUUCUGAUCUCAACAUCGCAGCUGUUCUUCGAUCAUCGCAAUCUUUUACAGCUUGAAGCGGAAGUGAAGUAAGACGUCUGUUUGAGUUUGAGUUUGAGGAAGCUUUCAUUCUGUUCUUCGCAUUGUAUUCUAGGAAGAGAUAGCAGGGGUGUGUUAAUGAAUGAAUGAUUAGCGGUGUUUUGCUCUCUGAUUCUCUUGAGAUUUGCGCUGCGAUGAGGAUGAUUGGGUGAAAAUCUCCGUUUCCUGGAGGCGUUUUUGGGGAAGAAGAAAAGCAAGAGGUGAUGUAACGAUGGACUCGGUUGACCAACCUGUGGUUACUGCAAGCAAGAGCAAAUUGGCUCGUACUUUUGCGAAGGUUAUGCACAUUCGAGCUGUGGCAAGUAGUGUUCAUGGAAAUCAAAGAUCCAAGUCCCAUGAAAAAGUGAAAAAUGAUGUGAUAAAGAGUGAUUUUCUGAAGAACAUGCAGUUCAAUAUUUGCGAUGAAGAAGAAAAGAUGAUGGAGAAAUUAGCAAUGGAAGCUUUUAUUGCCAAAUUAUUUGCAAGCAUCUCAGCUGUUAAAGCAGCAUACGCAGAGUUGCAAUAUGCUCAAUCUCCUUACGACCCUGAUGGGAUUCGUGCUGCAGAUCAAAUGGUGGUAUCUGAGCUGAAAAGUUUAUCUGAACUGAAACAGUGCUUCUUGAAGAAACAGAUAGAAGACUAUUCCCCUGAGAGUAGUUUGGUUUUGGCAGAAAUUCAGGAGCAGAAGAGCAUUAUCAAAACUUAUGAAGUCAUGGGAAAGAAGCUGGAUUCUCAGGUCAGGCUCAAGGAUUCAGAAAUCACCUUCUUAAGGGAGAAGUUGGAGGAGGCCAAUAAGGAGAACAAAAUUAUCGAGAAGAGAUUGAAUUCAAGCGGGCAGUUGUCUGUUCCUGACAAUCUUCACUUCUCAGGAUUGAAUCCGUGCCAUUUCAUUACAAUCCUUCGGCAGGCAACAAAAUCAAUUCGGAGCUUUGUUAGGCUGCUUAGUAGGGAGAUGGAAUCAUCUGGUUGGGAUUUAGAUUUGGCAGCGAGUGCAAUUGUACCUCGUGUAUCUUUCUGGCAAGUAAAUCACAAAUGCUAUGCAUUCGAAUCCUUCGUUUGCAGAGAGAUGUUUGAAGGCUUCAAUGUUCUGAACUUCUCUGUUUCACGUGAGCCCCUCCCAGAGGGUAAAAAAUUGCAGAGGCUGUUGUUUGACAGAUUCAAGGAACUGAAAUCAGUGAAGCCAGCUGAUUAUCUAGCAUGGAAACCAAAAUCUACAUUUGCAAGAUUUUGCUGCAAGAAAUACUUGCGGCUCAUUCAUCCCAGAAUGGAACAAUCUCUGUUCGGCAAUUUGGAUCAGAGAAGCAUGGUGAAAUCCGGGGAAUACCCAGAGACUACCUUCUUUUCUUCAUUUACUGAAAUGGCAAAGCGUAUAUGGCUUUUGCAUUGCCUUGCCUUUUCCUUUGAUCCUGAAGCUUCAAUCUUCCAAGUGAGCAGGGGAAGUCGAUUUUCCGAUGUUUAUAUGGAGAGCAUGAGCGACGAAGCAUUCUUAUCAUCGGAAGGGACGCCGGAAACACAACCUCGGGUGGCUUUCACGGUGAUGCCCGGCUUCAGGAUAGGUAAAGCUGUUAUUCAGGCUCAAGUUUAUCUACGUUGACCCUAGACCAAUACGAGCCCUUGAUUCAUACUCAAUCGAAGGGCUCCAAUCGAAUGGAGCCCUUGACACCGCGUGGACUUGUUCUGUCCGAACAACCCAUUAAUUAGUCUUUAGUAAUUAGUAUUAUUAAUGUUUUCUUGAGUUAUUCCCCUCCCACAAGUUUUGUUAAUUUUAGGCUAGUGGUGUCGGGAUUGGAUUCUCAGUUGUAUAUUAUAUGAUUCCUUAAUAUAAAAAUUUGAUUUUCUUUGCACCCA